AUUAUUCAGGAAAUAACAUGCAUGCGCAGUCCCAGCAUAGCAAGCGCGGCAUCCAGGGCGAGAAGCGACAUUUUGGUCGAAAGUGCGUUUGGCUUUGGCUUGGCUUUGGCUGUAGCAUUAUUGGUCCUUUUGUUCUAAGAUUUCGAUUUUGGCAUCGUUCGUUUGGCUGCUUGUGGCUGGUUUUCGGUUUAGUUGUACUCGCUCAGGGCAGACUCUGCCCUGGUUGUACUAUUGUUCGCUGUUAGUUGCGCUGUCAUAACAUUCAUAAGAUGCAUGGGAUCGAAAUCAUUAUCAUCAGACGCCCGUGUGCCCGGAGUAAACCAUCAGUACCCAAUCCUAAGAUCCUAAGACAGCCAAAUUCCGGGGUUGUGGUACACGUCCUGAGCUGCAUCACACAUCCCGGCCGCAGCCCAUACCUGGCCCGGCCGAAUAACCCCGACAUGCAUAUCCAAAUCCCUACCUCCCUCCGCGAAGUCCCCACUGCUGCCCCAGCCGAAUCCCCAGUCUGGCGCAGCCGAAUCCGCACCUGCCCAAGCCAGCUGACCUGCUUGGCUGGCCCUAUUCCUUUGCCUGUCCACGCUUAUGCUCCGUCGGGGCUCAGGAGCAUCUCGGGCGCCGUCAGUGCUCGUAUCUUAAGAAGGCAGGCGCGGCGCCAGACAGAUUUCCAUAAAAAGAGACAGCUGUUAUGGCAUUGUUGGGUCAGGUGGCGGCGGUGGUGGACCGGCGACUGUCGCCAGCCAAGUAUGCCGCUCACACCCACGCCCGCCCGGUCGGUGUGUCCCUGGAGAUCAUGCAGCUCGCUGCCUCCGGCGGGGACGGUGAUGCAGCUGGGUCCCCAGCUGUCCGCGCUGCGGGCUAAACGUUUGCUGUGUGUGCGGGCUGCUGGCGUGUGCCGAAAGGGGGAGAGGCUCAGGCCGCUGGAGCCUUUAUUGCCGGCACUGUGGCCCGUUGAAGUGGGAGAAUCGCCACAAGGAGGCGCUGUGGCGGGUGGCAGCCAAUGCAUGUUGGGCUUUUCCGAAGAAUGAUCAUCGCCGUGCGUCUGGAAUGAGGAUGCCUCUGUGCCAGGCUUGUGCAAUGGAUAUGUGUGAUGGGGAGAUGGGGACCGCCGGCGCCGUUUCUGGGACUGCGUUGUGGCGCGGGCCAUGGCCAUGGGUGCCGAGCCGGAGUCGGGGGAUGCGUGUUUCACGCAUGCUGAUCUUUGGUUGGUGCAGCUGCCUGCUGGGCUGGCGCCGCCGGUUUGGGAUGUGGUGUGCCUGGCUGCGUUUCCCGUCCUGGACCUGGGUCGGCAGCAGUUGGUCAUGGCUGGUGUACGCGCUGGGUCGGGCUUUGACAUCCUCCCAGGUGCUGCGUAUUAGUGUAUCGGUUAUCUCCGACUUCUGGGGUCGGCUGCAAUCGUUUGACAGUCUUAGUUGGCAUUCGUCCGCAAGGCUGGGACACGGUGCCCUCUCAGCACCCGUUCCUUCGCGCGGCGGGGUACCGGGGACUGCAUGUCCCUGAUGAUGUGGACUCCCCGCCUCCCUCGCCUUGAACCUGCCUCUAGGACAACCGGAUGGUAAACAACCCGCAAGCUGAAGUUUUGUGCAACUCGCCGAGCCAUACAUGCAUGUCGACGCGCCUGCAUGCCGCGGAAGGUAGCCCCAGUCCCGGAGGGUUGUGGGUCAUCGGGGAGUUGUUAACUGUGCUAGAGGUUCGAAGGGAGGCUUGGGACUGCGUGGCCAGGGAAGCUAAGGUACGCGUGGAGGUAUGGCGUGUGGGCAUCAGGUAGGCGUGGUGGACAUCGUGGCCAUGCUAGCCCCAAGCCCUACGGGGGUAGACGUGGGGCCAUCGUCCGUCUACCGAUUU